CAGCAGCCUUGCCAGCUACCUACACGGCACGCGCAUAGGCGUAGUCGUAGAAUACGAAGGCAAGGAAACCGCCGCCAAAGAUACCGCUAUGCAUAUCGCCGCCAUGAAACCGGUGGCUCUGACCAGCAAAGACGUACCCGCAAACCUCAUCGAAAAAGAGCGCUCAGUCGCCACAGCCAAAGCAGCAGAAUCUGGCAAGCCAGCAGAUAUUGCAACCAAAAUGAUUGAAGGCUCGGUACAGAAAUACCUUAAAGAAGUCAGCCUAUUCGAUCAAACCUUCGUUAAAAACGACAAACAAACCGUAGAACAAAUGCUCAAGGCUGAAGGCACUACCGUUAAAGGCUUUACCCUCUAUAUCGUAGGCGAAGGCAUAGAGAAAAAAGUCGAUGAUUUUGCCGCAGAAGUAGCCGCGCAAAAUACCGGCAUCCGUUUCUACCACCACAUCAGCACAAAGGAAAGCCCUCUUAUGUCUCAGCCCGUCCACCAUCGCAUCUUGCUAAAACUCUCUGGGGAAGCGCUUAUGGGGGACGACAGCUUUGGCAUCAAUCGCGACACCAUCGUACGCAUGGUGGCAGAAAUUAAAGACGUAGUGGAUAUGGGCGUGCAAGUGGCCAUCGUCAUAGGCGGAGGCAAUAUUUUCCGUGGCGUUGCAGGCGGCUCCGUGGGUAUGGAUAGAGCAACCGCAGACUAUAUGGGCAUGCUCGCCACCGUUAUGAACGCCCUGGCCUUGGCUGAUACCAUGAACCAUGCCGGCUUGACCGCGCGGGUCAUGUCCGCCAUCAAUAUCGAGCAGAUUGUAGAACCC